AUGGCUGCCACCUCGUCGAUAGCGAAGACUUUUUUGUCAAACACUUCAGCUGAGAAGGAUGAUAUUGUAUCCAAGCUGAAUGAAUUAACCAGAAAAAUUGACAAAAUGAAACUAAAUAUUUUUGAUGUCACACGAAAUAAACAUGUAGAGUUCCUUCCACAAUUGGCAACAGCAGAAAAACUCUCCAGCCAAGUUCAAAAUCUGAAAGAAGAGAUGCUUGCUGUUAGAAAUAACAUAGAUACAGAUAUCAAAGCUCAGUUGAACCAGUCAAGCAGUGAAUUUCAGUCCUUGUCUUCUCAGUUACAAGAAACGACAGUGACAUUAACUGUGCUUGAGAAGAUGCUCAUGUUAGACAAGUACCUUGUGGCCUCCGACAUAGCAUUCCGAAACCAAGAAUAUGUGAAGGUGACUGAAAGCCUUAUAGACAUUCAAGAACUACUCUCCAAACCUGUCCAUGCACGUGAGGAUGAGAUCCUAAUUCUGAAGGCCGUGCAGAUGGAAACAAAAAUUCUAAAGGAAAAAUUGGUAUUUGAUUUGAAUGACACAUGGCGCCAACACAUCCUCUGGGACACGCAAGAUUCAAAAUCAAAUGAAAAAAUUGUCAACAAACUUAAGUUUGCAGUUUCUGACAAAAAUCAGGAUGUUCUCUGUGAAAUGAUCCGUGCCAUGUGGAAAAUGGGUACCCUUAAGGCCAAACUCAUUCAGCUGGGGGAUAAUCUCCUUAAAUACAUGAUUAAACCAAUCAUCACAAAAGCAGCAUCACUCUCUCAACAAACUGCAGAAUAUCCAUGCCUGUCAGUCACCAUUGAUUCUACCAAUGAAGAUAUUGCCACCCCUGAAUCUGCCCUUGUCAAAAUUGAAUCCAUCCUUCAUUAUCUAAACACUAACCUACUAGGUAUAACUCUCAGCAAGUCUGAGGAUGAAAAUGAGUCAGACUUGACCCUCAUGGAACAUUUUGGUCACGUCAAUGCUGAUGAAAUUCUCAAUGUUAUUGUGCAGGAGUGCCUUUUGCAUUCUAUCCCCAGCAAUAAUAAGGACUUGGAAAAAUUUGAUGAAGUUGUUGGUUUGGUUAGACAGUUUCAGGACAAGUUGUUAGCCAUGUCUUUCAUCAAGGAGAAUAACAGGAUCCUAAAGAACUUCAUAGAGAAUGUUAAUGUCCUCUUUGCUAACAAGAAGUGCCAGGAAAUUCUCGAAGAUGCUCGGAAUCUGAUGAAGUCGGAGAUUCACCACACUGUCAUAAUUUCCAACGACAAGCCUCUUGGUGACAUAGCAACAGCUACUGACACUGAUGCUCCCUCUGCUAAAAAAGCCCGUAAACUUGAGAUGUUAGCCAAUGAGACACAACUGAGUGAUAAUACCUUCCGAUUACCAACAUGCCAUGUUAGUGAAUCUGUAAUGAAAUUAGUUGCAUUGGCUUAUGAAACACUGAGUGAGGCUGUGAGCAGUUCAGAUCCUUGUGCUGUGAAAUUAUUCUAUGCUGUUCGGAAUAUGUUUGAACUUUUCUGCUGUGUCUUCCCAACAUUUCAUAAACGGCGCUUAGCGACAUUACCACAACUUACAGCCAUUCAUCACAAUAAUUGCAUGUACAUUGCUCAUCAUCUCAUGUUAUUGGGACCCCAGUUCAGCCGACAAUUACCGUCACCUCUACAAGAUGGGGCAGGGACAUUUGUUGACCUCAUCCAGAAAGUCCGAUCUAUAGGCACUGGAGCUCUUAUGCAACAAAUGGCUACUCAGAGAGAUGACCUACUUGACUGUCUCAGUGCUGCAUCUGGUUUUGUUUCUGUAUCAGAGGAGGGCAACCAUUUUUCUGCUGAGCGUUCUAUCAAGCAGGUUCUCUACAAGCUGAACCAUCUUAAAACAGUCUGGGAAGAUAUCCUGCCACCCCAUAUAUAUUCAAAAGCAAUGGGUACUCUGGUUAACUGUGUUAUAGUGGAGAUUGUCAACAGCAUUACAUCGCUGGAAGACAUAAGUGCAGAAGAUGCCAGCCACCUGCACCAUUUACUGUGUAUGUUUGAUGAGAAAGCUGGCCCACUCUUUUGCACCAAAUUCACAGAAGAUUCUACCAAUGAGGCACACAUGAAAGUUGAGCUUCAAAGAAACAUUCCAAAAUGGAUGAAGUUCAAAGAACUCAUCUUUGUCUUGAAUGCCAAUCUUCAAGAAAUUACUGACCGAUGGGCAGAUGGCAAGGGAGUGCUAGCUCAUGAAUUCUCCACAGGUGAAGUGAAACAGUUGAUCCGAGCCCUGUUCCAGAACACUGACAGAAGAGCUGCUGUCCUUGCCAAGAUUAGAUAA